UAUCGCGAUUGCAGCUUUUUCCAAAUACCCACGAUAGGGAAGGAGGGUGUAUUAAUGGCGCUAUUAGAUAAAUUGCGCGCGCACCUCUCCCGCUUUUUUCAUAAGCGUGCUCAACGGCAAGCUAUAUAUGUGACGUCAGCGGAGUGUACCGCAACACUCAGCUGUCAGCAUUGUGUUAAUUCGGAAGCUGCGAGUGGCUAUAUCGCGUGGAAACUUAGCGAUUCGCAAUCAGAGAUAUUCGCUCGCGGCGAAGAAGUAUAGAGAAGUAGAGUAAAAAGUGGGAGAAAUUUCGAAUCCACUUUCGCAAUCACCGCGUGCAGAUAUCUGGAGGUAUCUCGUCCCGUGCACGAUGGAUCCGCUCGAGCAAAUGCCAAAGUCAGAUACCAUCAAGCUUCGCGAACGUCACAUCGGACAAUCGUGCAAGCUCUUCUACCGGUCAAGUCCGCUAAAAAUUGUCAGAGGCAAGGGUCAGUACAUGUACGAUGAAAGAGGUGAACAGUACUUGGACUGUAUCAACAACGUUGCACAUGUUGGACAUUGUCAUCCGGACGUGGUGCGCGCUGGUCAGGAACAAAUGGCGCUACUCUGCACGAACAAUCGUUUUCUCCACGAUAACCUGGUGGUCUGCGCCCGUCGACUGACGUCACUUCUUCCGGAUCCACUGUCGGUCUGUUUCCUGGUAAAUUCCGGAAGUGAAGCGAACGAUUUGGCGCUGCGAUUGGCCCAGGCACACACCCGCAAUACGGAAGUGAUAAUCGUGGACCACGCUUAUCACGGACAUCUGACCUCGAUGAUCGACAUUUCCCCCUACAAAUUCAACCUACCGAAUGGAACAGGAAAAAAAGACUUCGUCCACGUGUCUCCUUGCCCUGACGUGUACAGAGGGAAGUACCGGGACGUGGAUUAUCCGGGUGAAGAUUUGGGGGUGAAGUACGCCGACGAUGUGAGGAGAAUAUGCGGGGACAUAAAGGCGAGGGGCAAAGGGGUGCAGGCCUUCAUAGCCGAGAGUCUAAUUUCGUGCGGGGGUCAAAUUUUGCCACCGCAAAAUUACUUCAGAAACGUCUACAAGCACGUGAGAGAAGCCGGAGGUGUCUGCAUAGCCGAUGAAGUUCAGGUUGGUUUCGGCCGAGUCGGAAGCCACAUGUGGGCUUUCCAACGCUACGGAAGUGACGUCAUUCCGGACAUUGUCACCCUCGGGAAACCCAUUGGGAACGGACAUCCAGUGGCCGCGGUUGUAACCACUCGAGAAAUUGCGACAAGUUUCAAGAACACGGGAAUAGAAUAUUUCAACACGUACGGUGGGAAUCCGGUAUCCUGUGCAAUAGCCAACGCAGUCAUGGAGGUUGUGGAACGAGAGGGUCUUCAGGAGCACGCCCUGAAGGUGGGCAAGCACCUGGUCACAGAGUUGGAGAAAUUGGCUCAGCGUCAUCCGAUAAUCGGCGAUGUCCGAGGCGCCGGUUUGUUCGUCGGCAUCGAGCUCGUCCGAGAUCGUUCGAGGAGGAUUCCGGCGACGGAAGAAGCGAGUCACGUCGUCUCCAGGAUGAAGGAGGAGAAAAUAUUGGUCAGCAGUGACGGGCCGCACAACAACGUCCUCAAACUCAAACCUCCCAUGGUGUUCAACGUCGAUAACGCCAAUCACUUUAUCGCUGUUCUCGACGAUGUUCUCGACGAAGUUGAAAUCGACGUUGACGAGAUUCAGCUGCCCAAACCCAUCGCCACACCGCCGAAAGCAGCAGUAUCUAUAAUGGAAAGGGUCAACGCUGGGCCUGGUGAAGCGAAAUCCGUGCUGAUCAAAGCUAAUUAAUUAAUGACUGAUAUUCAUUGUAAAUAAUACUCAAUUAUAGAGGCUAAUCGAAUAAUUUAAUACGUAUAGAUAUGCAUAAUUAUUUAAUCGUUGAACUAGAAUCUAAGAUAUUUUUAAGACUGUUGUUGAUUUAUUGUUUUAUUCCAAUACUGCACUGAGAAACGUUUCAGUUGGUACAGCCACUGGAAAAUUUUAGUAAAAUGGUUAUCAUUAAACGAGAAUGGUUUAAAUAUUGUUGGUACUGUGUAAAAAUGUGAUAUUUAGUGUGCUUGAAGUUAUCAAUACAACAUUUUCCGGUAAUUGCAGCUUAAGUUCUGUUUGUUUAGUUUAUUAAAAUUUUUUUACAUAAAAAAGGACGGAACGUC